AGGAAGAACUUUAGUAGUCGAUAUCGUCUAUACCAAGGACCUCAACCGCAAAGCCAGACACCAGACUAUGUAUAUAACCCAGCUUAGUCUAAUCAUCGCUAAUCGCGAUGCAACUCGCGCUUAGCUUUAUAAGUCGAAGUAUUAUCUGAUCAGCAUCGCCAUCAUGGACCUGUCGCGACUCCAGAUAUCGGGCAACCCCCCAGAGCCCUUGGAAAGUAGACUCCAAACCCUCCCUCGACCUGUUCGCUACCGCAUCUACUGGCACUACCUAGGCCUCGAAUGGCCUCGUGUACUUACGGUCCCCCGUUCCAAUAUUUACUCUGACUAUGCCCGCCGAGGAGCGUAUUAUCUCGGCUGUGGCUGCCCUGGCUUGGACGCUUCGUAUUGGAUCGGGGAUCGAAGUCGUAUUAUCGACACUAAUCUAGCUUACACUUCCAAGUUCUUCAGCCGGGAAGUUCUCACUUAUAUGUACAGCAAAAUGGCCCUCUACUUCCAGUGCACCUGCACCAUCCUCUACCACACAUCAACCAACGACCUACUAUCCACCUCUCUAGAGCGCAUCAUAUUCCUCUGGACCGGCUUCAUCGCAGACACCGCCUUCGCCGCGCUACGCCACGUCCCGCUAACGCGCAUGACGGUCGUCAUCGGGGCCUUCACCACCAUAUUCCUCACGCGCCAGGAGGCCCUUUUCCGUCGGUUUUUCCUGCGAAAGACAACCCACAUAACGCAAGCUCUCGGCAUAUUCGAGCUGCUUGAGCUGCGCGGCAUCGAAUCCGUCCGCGUCGUGUGCUACGGCUACCGGGUGGCCCUGAUGUCCGAGGAAGACCGGCAAUGCUUGGAGCAUCUCUUAGUCGAGCACGUUACCAGAAGGCGAGUGGAAUAG